AUGUCGCUCCAUACCUCUUACCAUGCCGAUUCCGAUGCCGAUGACGAGUACGAGCGCAGUGUAAUCACCUCCCCCCAUCUGGCCACCGACUCUGAGGCCUCCCCCUCAGAAUCCGACUUUCCGUCCGCGGAACAUACACCGACCACCUUGGCAAAUGCUGAGGAGAAUCCCAAAUCACCCAGGACAAUAAUCACGGAUUGGACCACCGAGGAGUGUGCGAAUUUCCUCGCCGCUCUAGGUCUUCGUCAAUACUGUUCAGCGUUUCUAGAGAACGAAAUCGUCGGGGAAGCGCUCAUUGCGUUGAAACAUGAUGAGCUAAAGGAGAUGGGAAUCCUCAGCGUGGGACACCGGUUAACCAUCCUGAAAAGCGUGUCCUCCCCCCAACGAGAAACCCCCAUCCAGCGUGCUUACUCUUCGGCAGCGGCGGACCAAAGCAUGAAUGAAACCGCGUCACAAGAUGAUGUCGCUCGCUUGAUCCAGUCCAUUCGUUUGCGAGAUGAGCGUAUAUCCACUGUGGAGACGGAGCUGCGACGGAUCGCCGACGAAUACCGACGACUCAGGGAAGAGCUGCUUCCUGUGUUCAAGAUGGCCAAGGACCGGUCACAACCGUUACCCCCUCCUUCAUCAGCUCCAGGACAAGGAACGGAAGGUCAUCAUGACAACCAACCGGCCACAUCGCCCUCUGGGAUCAACCUCCUCGAGCGGUCCAUGUCUGGAAUUUCUCGAUCAUUUUCCAAGAGGUUGCACACAGGAGGGACCACCCCUAAGAAUAAUUCUCCAACCCAUAUUCCACCGUCCAUUCACGAAGGACGCGCGUAUAAUGACGGUGGAGCCCUGGAUCCUUCGACGGCAGCGAUGUCUACCUCUCACUUGAAUGCCAUUAAUGGAAAGUCUCAGCUGUCUCCGGGCAUCCCCUCUCCAACGUCACCGGGCGCCCAUUACGCCAGCACACAAACCCUGGCUUCGCGGUCCUACUCGCAGCCGAAUUCCAAUACCGUCCGCAAUAUCCACGACCACUAUGAAGAGAGUACGCAAACACAGUCCCGGCCCGAUCGCUCGAAUCCCACCCCCACUCAAGCAACACGUCCAGACAUCCCCACACGCACGGAAUCCCGAUCUGGUGGGGACCCUCCCAGUGUGGAGAUAUUUAAGUCGUUCCGCGUUUCCAUGGAUGAUCCUUGCCAUAAGGUUCUCCCGGCUGCUCUUAAGAAGUACAACAUUAAUGCAGAUUGGAAGCAGUACGCCCUGUACAUUGUGUACGGCGACCAAGAACGAUGUCUGGCGUUGGACGAACGGCCUCUCAUUUUGUUCAAGCAGCUGGAAAAAGAGGGACGCAAACCCAUGUUCAUGCUGCGAAAACACCUGCACCCUUACGAAAACACCAUGUAUGCUGCUGGACCCGGAGGGAGCUCUGCCCCAAAUAGUGCGGGUUUCGAAGGACGACAAGCUCAGAUCAAUUUACCCGGCGGCGUUCUCUGA